GGUCAGAGUGCUGUUGGUGUUCAGCUGGUCCUCCUGACUGGAUGGCGCGGUGGUUGGCGUCGUUUCCUCGGGAUCGCGCGCGUGUGUUUUCGCGAGCUGCGCGUUCGUUUUGAAGCCUCCGCUAGCGCGAGCGCCGUUGUCGGGACUCGGUGGAGUGGAGCAGCGCGUGAAUGAAGGAGAGGAAAGGGUUUUUUUUCACUGUAAUAAUCUCCUGCGGAGGGAAAAAACAACAAAUCCCAGAGCACGGACACACGGAGGAGAGUGAGGACUGGAGAAAUCUUUUCAGCAGAAGCCUGUAGGAGAUGGGAGUUGGCUUUCUGGCUCUAAGUGAGAGGUCUGAAGUGCGACUUGACUCUCCACUGAGACUCCCUGUUCAUCACAAAUGAUCUCCCUGUCGUGAACUCAGCACGGUGCAGCCAUGUUCAGGAACAGCUUGAAGGCGCUGCUCAGCGGCGGGAAAUCCAACCGCAAGAACCGGAACAGCGGUGGGGCUCCAGGAGAUGGAGAGUGUGGGUUUGAGGGUGAUUACGCCGUGCCUCCUCUCCCGGUGACUGAAGGAAUGCAGCACAUCCGCAUCAUGGAGGGAGUGUCUCGCUCUCUGCCCUCCUCACCGCUCCUCUCACACCAGGCCCUCAGCAUGAGACUACAACCACUCAAGAGACUCCCGGGUGAAGACAGUCAGGAUCUGGGUCCCCCUCCGUCAGUGGACGAGGCUGCGAACACCCUGAUGACACGACUCGGGUUCUUGCUCGGGGACAAAAUGGCCGAGGGGUCCGACAGAGCCACGUAUGGCUAUGAGGAACCAGAAGAAAGCCAGGCUGUCUCCAUGACCCAGAGAAUCAGUCCAUGUUCCAGCUUGGCUAGCAGCUCGGCGUCCCCCCCUCCUGGCAGCCCCUGCUCCACUCUUCCGGCUGGUGGCCCGGGCAGCGCCGGUGCCUACGGCUCAAUCACGAGCCCGACGUCCACUCUGGAGAGCAGAGACAGUGGCAUCAUCGCAACACUGACUAGUUACUCGGAGAACGCGGAUCGGGGAGGGAAGCACGGCGAUGGCUCACGCCUCAAACUGCGGCAGACGGGGAAAUCUUCGGGCGGCGACUCCUUCCUGUACCGCGUGGACGAGAACAUGGCCGCCUCCACAUACAGCCUCAACAAAAUCCCAGAGAGAAGCUUAGAGCACUCCACCUCGCACUCCGCCCACUCCAUCCCCCUCUACCUCAUGCCCCGCCCAAACUCUGUAGCAGCUACAAGUUCUGCUCACCUGGAGGACUUGGCGUAUCUGGAUGAGCAGCGCCAGGCUCCGUUGAGGACGUCCCUGCGUAUGCCACGACAGAACUCGGGCGCCGGACGAUCAGGGAAUGACCUAAGAGCCUGCACUAGCAUCCCUUCCUGGCAGUCUAACUCAUUGCGGUUUGCGCCAUACCGCGCCCCGGACAUCGCCCUGAAGCCGCUGCUGUUCGAGGUGCCCAGCGUGACGCCAGACUCCGUGUUCACCGGACGGGAGUGGCUGUUCCAGGAAGUGGACGCUCAGCUGCGUGGCGGCGGCGAAGGCACCAGUCGGGGCGUGGUCAUCGUGGGCAACGUGGGGUUCGGCAAAACCGCCAUCAUCUCUCGCCUGGUGGCUCUGAGCUGCCACGGCAACCGCAUGAGACAGAUCGCCUCAGAGAGCCCGCACGCCUCGCCCAAACACGGAGACACCUUGCCCCUCAGUCAGCCACAGUCGGCUCAUGGGACGCUGGUUGGAAGCAGCAGUUGCCCCGGAACUCCAGAGAUGAGGAGACGUCAGGAGGAGGCACUCAGGAGACUCUCCUCUCAGGUGGUGGCGUAUCACUACUGCCAGGCGGAUAACGCCUACACGUGUCUGGUGCCGGAGUUCGUACACAACAUGGCGGCGUUGCUGUGUCGAGCUCCUCAGCUGCAGGCGUACAGAGAGCUGCUCCUGCGCCAGCCGCACCUCCAGAGUCUCCUCUGCCUGCGCUCCUGCGUCCAGGAACCAAUCACAGCCUUCACACGCGGCCUGCUCGAACCACUGCACACGCUGCACAGGGAGCGUAAGGUGGCAUGCGACGAAGAUCUGAUCAUCCUGAUCGAUGGCCUGAACGAAGCCGAGUUCCACAAACCGGAUUACGGAGACACCAUCGUCUCCUUCCUGUGUAAAACCAUCGAGCGUUUCCCUCCAUGGCUCAAACUGGUGGUGACGGUCAGGACCUCGCUUCAGGAUAUCACCCGGCCACUGCCAUUCCACCGGAUCUCUCUGGACCGCCUUGAUGAGAGCGACGCCAUCGACUCGGACCUGCAGGGUUACAUCCUACACCGCCUGCACUCCAGCCAGGAGAUCCAAAACAACGUGGCGCUGAACGGGAAGCUGGACAAUGCUGCCUUCGCCAAACUCAGUGCUCACCUGAAAGGCCUGAGCCGUGGCUCGUACCUGUACCUGAAGCUCACGCUCGACCUGAUCGAAAAGGGCUACCUGGUCCUAAAGAGCUCCAGCUACAAGGUGGUGCCAGUGAGCCUAGCUGAGGUGUACCUGCUGCUGCUGAAUAUGCGCUUCCCUACGCAGUCUUCAUUUGAGCGAGUGCUGCCGCUGCUCAAUGUAGCCGUGGCGUCCCUGCACCCACUGACAGAUGAGCAGGCGCUGGGGGCGGUGAACGCUGGGGUCGUACGCGGCUCGGCGCUCCACUGGGAUGACUUCCAGCAGCGUGCCGAUCUCCUCGCGCCCUUCCUCAUGAAGAGGAGGGACGGAACGCGCAUGUUUGUCCACGCCUCCUUUAGAGAGUGGCUCAUCUGGAGAGAGGACGGAGAGAAGACCAAGUUCCUCUGUGACCCCAGGAGUGGACACACACUGCUAGCCUUCUGGUUCUCGCGGCAGGACGGCAAACUGAACCGUCAGCAAACCAUCGAGCUCGGCCACCACAUCCUCAAAGCACACAUCUUCAAGGGUCUGAGUAAGAAGGUUGGGGUUUCCUCGUCUGUGCUCCAGGGGCUGUGGGUGUCCUACAGUACAGAGGGUCUCUCUGCAGCUCUCGCAUCCCUGCGCAACCUCUACACCCCUAACAUCAAGGUCUCUCGUCUGCUCAUUCUGGGCGGAGCUAACGUGAACUACCGUACAGAGGUGUUGAACAACGCUCCAGUGCUGUGUGUGUAUGCACACCUGGGUUAUGUGGAGAUGGUGAUGCUGCUGCUGGAGUUUGGUGCUGACGUUAAUGGAGCAUCAGAGAGUGGCCUCACACCACUGGGCUACGCAGCUGCCGCCGGUCACUUGACCAUCAUCACCACCCUCUGCUCCAAAAAUGCUAAGGUGGACCAUGUGGACAGGAAUGGUCAGUGUCCUCUGGUGCACGCGGCUCUGAGAGGACAUCUGGAGGUGGUGAAGUUCCUGAUGGAGUGCGACUGGAGCUCUGAUGUGGCAUUCAGCAAAACACAUGCUGUACAGCAGGCCCUUAUAGCAGCAGCUAGCAUGGGUUAUAGUGAGAUUGCAUCGUACCUGCUGGACCUUCCAGAGAAAGACGAGGAUGAUGAGGAGCGCCCUCACAUCAACAGCUUCGACACACUGUGGGGGGAAACAGCGCUGACUGCAGCAGCAGGCAGAGGGAAGUUGGAUGUGUGUAGGUUGCUGUUGGAGCAGGGAGCCUCCGUGUCUCAGCCGAACCGUCGUGGCAUCGUGCCACUGUUCAGCGCCGUCCGUCAGGGUCACUGGCAGAUUGUAGAGCUGCUUCAGAAUCAUGGUGCCGAUGUGAACAUGGCGGAUAAACAGGGCCGCACUCCUCUGAUGGUGGCAGCGUCUGAGGGUCAUCUGGCAACUGCAGAGUUCCUGUUGGAGCAGGGUGCGUCAUUAGCUCUGAUGGAUAAGGAGGGGCUUACGGCUCUUAGCUGGGCGUGUCUAAAAGGCCACCUCCCAUUGGUCCGUGCGUUAGUGGAGAGAGGAGCGGCAACAGCUCAUGCCGACAAGAGCGGUCGUACACCCCUGGACCUCGCCGCCUUCUACGGCGACUCGGAAGUGGUACAGUUCCUGGUGGAGCAUGGCGCCAUGAUCGAGCAUGUUGACUACAGCGGCAUGAGGCCUCUGGACCGAGCCGUGGGCUGCAGGAACACAUCGGUGGUGGUGGCCCUGCUGAAGAAGGGUGCCAAGAUAGGUCCAGCAACAUGGGCCAUGGCCACCUCCAAGCCAGACAUCAUGAUUGUCCUCCUGAGCAAGCUGAUUGAGGAAGGCGAUGGAUUCUACAAGAAAGGCAAAGUGAAGGAAGCAGCCCAGCGCUAUCAGUACGCCCUGAAGAAGUUCCCUCGUGAGGGUUUCACCGAAGACCUGAAGAGUUUCCGUGAGCUUAAAGUCUCCCUGCUGCUAAACCUGUCCCGUUGCCGCCGCAAAAUGAACGACUUUGGCAUGGCGGAGGAGUUUGCCUCCAGAGCUCUAGAGUUGAAACCCAAAUCCUAUGAGGCCUUUUACGCACGAGCCCGCGCCAAACGCAGCAGCAGGCAAUUCCACGCAGCCCUGGAGGACCUGAGUGAAGCCAUUCGCCUGUGCCCAAAUAACCGUGAGAUCCAGCGUCUGCUGCAGCGCGUGGAGGAGGAGUGUCGCCAGGUCGCUCAGCAACAGCAGCUGGAUCCACCUCCUUCCCCUCCCCAUGAGCAAGCCCCGCCAAUGGUGCCACAUCCUCCUCCGCUGGAGCCCCGUCUGUCUGAUAUGGAGCCGGUUCAGGACCUGUUUGAAGAGGAUGAAGAUUACCUGGAGCAGGACUUGGAUGGUCUUCCACUAGCUGUGACUGCUGAGCCUCGUUCCAGUCCUUCAGGUCUGCCUGUCAUUCAGAACAUGCCACCUUCCCCAAGCCACUUGCCCUACCUUUCUGGAAGUGCUUCCAUGGGCCAGGCCUAUGAUCUGCGGCCCAGUCCUCCUUCCAUGUCCUCUCCAACCCGCCAGGGUUACCAGUCCACCUCUCCAUCGCUGUCUCCAACUCAUCAGACCACCCACUAUCGUCCAAGCCCCCCUCACACCUCCCCAGCCCACCAGGCCUCCUCUUCAUCUUCCUCCUCAUCCUACCACUUCAGCCCUCCUCCCUCUCCUCUACGCCGUGGAGCCUAUACCUCAGAGAAUGCAGCCAUCUACAGACCACAGUCUGCCUCUGUCAGCUCAAAUCGCUAUCAACAAGAGGCACUUUCUGGCAGGCCGAAGUCACCUCUGGCAAAAAUGGGCAGCCAGCGCUCGCUGCAGCAGCAAACCCAGUGGCUCCAGCCAGCCAAGGCCCAGAUCGUCCGCACAAAUCAGGCCAGUGGCUCAAUCCACUCCACUGCCUACUCUCACGUGGCUCAGUCCAUGAGGGGACAUGUUCCAGGGGAUGUUGACGAGCUUGGGGAGGUGGCCUAUUCAAGCCCACUGCAGAUGCAGGGCAGUGUGUACAUAGAAGAGGAGCUUCCUCAGAGGCCCUCACAUGCAUACAGGCCCAGCAUCACAGGCCCCCGUUAUGGUCAAAUGGCACCACAGAUCAGCCGCAGCCAAUCAGCUGCAUAUUAUCCCGUCCAGCCACAUGAAAUUGAGCGCCAGCCUCAGUUAUCAUCACCAGAGCAUCCUCACGGUCUGCGACGGCCACUAAGUGCCACUGGCCCUACACCACGGCCACUCAUCCACUCUCAGAGCACUGGCCUGCGCUUUUCACCUUCUAGCAGCAGUCUGGCAGCAGGAUCCACUACAAAUUUAGGACCAGGCUUCAGGCCCUCAGCUUCAGCACAACAGAUGGAGAUCCCACUGAAGCUCGCAUACGAGGGUGGAUACAGUGAUGACCUUUCGCCAGUUUCUCCACCCCAAGGCACUGACAUGCGAGUUUUAGGGGGGACUUACCCAGGCGAGGCUCUGCGUGCACGCAGCACCCCCUUCAUGGGCAUCAUAGACAAGACAGCACGGACUCAGCAGUUUCUUCAACAACCUUCAUCCUCUUCCUCCUCAUCACGCACCUGGGCCGUGUCAUCUUUAGACACUGUGGUCUCCAGCCCUGCUACAUCACCAGGCAACAUGACCUAUGGGCACCUUGCCUACUACAAUCGCACCAACAAUGCCCACAAUGGACACCUAGUGGAGGAUGACUACUAUCGGCCAGAUAACACAGGCCGGGUGAGUCAGGCACCCACAUACCCGGACAUUAAGGUGGCGCGGACGCUGCCGGUCUCGCAGGCCUAUCAGGACAGUGACUACAGACAGGUGGGACAUGGGGAGCGCCAAGGUCCUUCCUCUCCUAUCAAACCAAAGAGGCCCUUUGUUGAGUCCAACGUUUGAGGCAUACCUUGUAUAUAUGUACUAGGAUACACAUGGUUUCCCCUUCACUUUGACGUAAUCCGAUCUUAAAACUGAAUAUAUGGACCUAAAUUGAGAUGUUGUACAAUGCAUCUGCUUUGGGAUCAGGACUUGCAGGAUGCUUCAGGAACCUCGGAGUGGGCCAACAUAUUUGCUGUAUGCUAGCUAGAGAUGCAGUAAUACAGGAUAUUAGUAUUUCAUACAGAUAUUCUGACCUUAUGUGGCUUUCAGAAAAGGAACAUUUCAACAGUAGUCACAUUGAGCUUUGUUAUUCAGUUGGACAAGAGUACUGCAGAGCAUAAUGGAUCCAAUUUAAAGGACUUGUACAAGCACAUCGGGUGGUUUAACAGUAAAAUUGCAUUGGUAUAAUUGCCAUUUGUAGGAAAUGAUGGAAUAGAGCUUCACAAGAGCUACUACUUACUUCUGACACACCAAGCUAUCCGACCUUAGUUUCUUCUACAUUUCCCACAUAGUAAACGCUAGUACAGACGUGGCCAAUCUCAUUCAUCCCAAAAUGGAUGACUUUGAGGAGCAGAAUCCUUUACAAUAGUCAUGGAAGUCGCCAUGAAAUUCCACCAGAAUACCACCAGAAAAAAAUCACAGUGACUAUAUGCAAGCUUGUAAGCAAGCUUUACGCAAACCUCCCAGACACCGUCGCCAAAUUAUGUAGGUCGUAAGGGUUGAAUAAUGAUCAGACAGCAAGGCAAAACUGUUUGAUUGGCUGUUUGUCCAAGCAAACCAUUAAAGGAGAAGAAAUGCCAGAUCAAGCGUAGCAAGUCCUGCACCAAAGAAACAAAGCAUGAUUGUUAAAAUGCUUUCCAGUGACGUGAAAAUGAGAGCUAGGCUAGUUUGUUUGGUUAAAAUUCAUACUCCUGCACCAAAUACUGUAGUAUGUCGUGACAGAACUUAUACAGAAACAACAUAUAGGUGGAAUACCAGGCUUUGUCUGGCUUUGUUUACAUUUUGAAUUGGAAUACAAACUAUCGCCCCCUGCUGGUAAGAAAAAGUCCUUUUGGCUGUUGAAGUGCAUUCUCUGGGGGUUUUUUUUUACCUUAGCUUGGUAUGUCAGGGUCUAAAUGUUUCACAAGGCCUUAGUUACACCUACCGCUUACACAUAACUCAUUACAACAUCUUUCACACUCCGCUGAGUGCACAAUUUAUCUGAAAUCUUGUACCCCAAAAGAUCUGUCCAAAUUCUGUUCCCCCUCUUUCCUCCAGGGGAGUCGAUCGAAUGAGCCAUGAUGUCGCCGGGGCUCUGUCCUUGAUCUGAAGCUUUCCUGAAGUCUCAUCUGUAUAUAUGGCUGUGAUCCCAAAAUCACCAUGUAAAUAACUAAAAUAACGAUUGAAAAUAUGGAAUAUUUAUCAGUUUAAGUUAUGUUUGUACAAAAUGAUAUAUAUAUACAUAUACAUACUUUAUUUUGCUCCUGGUGCCAUUGUGCUCCGCUUUCUUGCUCCUGGUAGGUCAGUAAUGUGAAUUUUUUUUUAUUUACCUGCUUUAAGGACAAUUUUGGUUUCAUGGAAAUGUUUUCUUGGUCAUUUAAAAAUGCCGUGCUGUGGUUUACGGACUUCAGGAGGUGCCGCAACAUUCAGGAGUACAAUCUCAAACAUCUCCAUCAUCUCACAUCAUGCUCACGUUUAUGAAGGUAACCGAACGUUAUACUAGUGCGUGAACGAUUUUUAUUCGAGAGGAUAAAGCUUGAGGUUUCUUUUCAGUUUUAGACCCUUUAUUUUUAUUUUUUUUAGAUCACUUCUAUCAUUUUCACAAAGGGGAUAUUUCUCUUACAUUGUAUUUAUUUCCUUAUUAUUUUUUAUCCGUUUGAAACAGCUUCCAUUAAACAUCUGAUUAUUCUGUUCAUUCCAUCAUCUAUCUGCUUUCUUCUUUGUUUCCCGCACUGUUUUGCUUAGGCACUUUUCUCUCUUUUUUUACGCUAUCAGGACUGGAAAACUUUGUGUCCUCAAACUCUUUUAGCCAACUGCUGUCGAAAAAGGCUGUUUGUUUGUUUGUUUUUUUCUAAUGUGUUGAAAACCAAUUUUUUAUGGCGGACAUGUAAAUGAUUGUACAAAUUGUGCUUAAUUAGAACGCAUGCUCUUUGCUGAUGCACACAUUACCGUGUGUGUGUGUGUGUGUGUGUGUGUGUGUGAGAGAGAGACAGAGAGAGAGUUUUCACUUAUGAUGAUAUCUCUACAGAAAGCGAGGAAAGGACUGUGCUUCAAUCGUUUCCUUCUUUUCCACAUUUUUCUCCCUUUUUUUCCAAUUUUUUAUAAAGUUUUAGUUGUAUUUUCUUUCCAAUCUAAGCUUGCUGUUAGCUGAAUUCUCUGUACAUGGUUUUCAGUGGGAGUAAAACAGAAGAGUAAAAGCCAGAGACAUGAAUGCAUUUUUUUUCUGAUCCUGUUCCACGAUUGUAAACUGUACAAUCAACUGUAUGUAAAGGAGAAAAUAAUGAAAUAAUGUACUAAUUUAAGAAUUCAAAGAAAUUCCCUCGGGGUAAAACAA